AACGUGGAGGCGUGCAUUUCUACAAGUACCUGCACUGCAAUCUGCAAAUCACGCUUGCUACACUACACCUCACCUACCAACCCUCCUUCAAUAUUACGUGGACCACUUUCGCUAGGCAUUUGAUCUCUAUUAUUUAUUUCAUUGAAUUACAUAAUUACAAAUUUCUCAUUCAUUCAUUAGUUUAUUAUUUAUUUUACACGUUAAAACCCUAAUUAUUACGUGAAAUUUGCCAACCAGCUGCCAUACUGUUUCUGAUCUAAUGCCACAAGCAAAACGUUUGUUUCCUGGUUACAAUGGCGGUUGGUGUUAAUUUAUAAUGAAUUGCACCGAACUCUCCUACCAGUCUCUUAAUCCCAAUCUCGAACUCAAUGAAUGAGGGGGCCAAAAUGGGGUUGCAGGUAGUCCUUCUCAGGUUAUGGGCCUCCCUAGAUCAUCAUGUUGGGCCAGAUUAUCGGCCCUUUUAGAAUUUAAGAUUUCAUAUGAGGAAGAGGAAAUUGAUAGAAUUUCCGACCCAAAGAGGAAAAAGAUUCUCCACAAUCUCAUAUAGUAGUGAGGAAUCUCUCACUGAGUAGAUGUGCUGGAGUUGAGUUUUGUGCGUGAAAAUGGAGUACAGAUGUGUUAAGUGCGGGUUUCGGAUCAAAACUCUGUUUGUGCAAUAUUCACCUGGAAAUAUUCGACUCAUGAAAUGUGAGAACUGCAGAGCAGUUGCUGACGAGUACAUUGAAUGUGAAAUCAUGAUCCUUUUGAUUGAUUUGAUUCUACACAAGCCACAAGCUUAUAGGCAUCUACUCUAUAAUGUCAUCAAUCCUGAGACCGUAAAUCUUGAGGGUUUAUUAUGGAAGUCAACUAUUGGUUUCGUUCUUCUGGAUGCUUACAGAAGCCUGCUUUUGAGGCGAAGCAAUGAAGAUCUGUCCUCGUCCAUGAAUUUUAAUUCUUUAGUUUGGCUAUGCCAAAAGAUGUUGAAGGAUGUUGUGUUCGGAAACAUUAUGUUUCUUUGUGUUUUUCUUCUUGCAUCAAGAUUUUGCCUAAACAUGUCAGCUGGAGUUCCCAGGUUCAAAGACCUUCUUCUUGCAAUCCUUAUUUCCAGUUACUUCAAGAUUUUUCUUGUUGCGAUGAUGAUAUGGAAAUUCCCAUCUUCUGUGAUAUUCAUCAUUGAUUUGCUUGUUUUAUCAUCCAAUAUAGUGGCUUUAAAAGUCAGUGAUCACAAAGUCAGCUAUGAACAGAAUUGUAGGGACCUGCUUUGUUGCUCAUGCUGUAAGGUUCUUUGUAAUUGAAGGGCUCAGUUUAAGAUCUUUUAGAUAAUCAAGACUUUUUUAACGGUCUGAUUGCCCUGUUACAUUUAAGCAGAUACAUGAUGUUGCUUUUUUUGUAAUAAGAUUAUGCUGCACAGCCACGGCUGCAAAUCAUUUUGAUGAUAAGGUACUUGUGAGUUUGAGUCAUUGGUUUUUGUAAUUUGGAGUGGGGCUUUCCCUUCACUUCCACGCUUGAUCCAGUGUAAAGAUCAUUUCUCAUGCUAAAUUAAUUGAAAAUUUUGUA